CCUACCCUGCUGGCACCCGUGCGCCCAUUUGCUGCUUCAGCACUGAAUUACGGGCUCUGACUCGCACUAAUCCGUAAUCUCACUCGGCUCACUGCUGCUGCGCGUGCCUCUGCAUUUGGCGUUAGGCGCAGGAAGUGCCGCGGUGCUUACUCGCAUUCGCAGCUCGCACAACCGCUGAUGGCGACAGUGUCUGCCAGACGGAGGAGCUCAGGUGACGGCGGGGGACGAAGUGCGUCAGCGGUCAUGCAGGGAGCCGCAGCGACGGGCGGGGGCGGUGGUGGCCAUGCAGCCGCUUCAACAUUGGGCGCAGGAGCAGGAACAGGCGCGGGCGCAAAGAGAGGCAGCGUAGGCUCGCGCGGCCGCGUCGAUGCUAGUCUCAAGAUGUCUUCCAAGGCGGGAAAGAGCUCGGACAAUGUGCAGGCGCUGGCCGGUGGCGCGUCGAGGCACAAGUCCUCCGACAGACUGCAUCGCAUGGGUGCGCUGACGGGCCAAGGCGGAAGCUCGACAAACUUGGGGGCAAACAAGCGCAGCAAGUCGUACUCGCAGAUCAUGAGCGUCACAGAUGGAUCCGGCAAGAAGAAGCAGAAGAAGCAGCAGCAGCAGCCGACGAGUAGCAAGGGCAAGGGAGCCGCCAAGGAGGCAGAAGAUGCCGAUGCUGAUGGUGACGACGACGACGACGACGGCUGGAUCAGCUCGAGUCAGGCUGGCACGCCUGGCGAGCGGAGCAAAGAGAACAGUCCGCCGGGGAGCAGCGACGAGGAGGAGGAGGACGACGAGGGCCUGGUGAUGGGCAAGAGCAAGCGUAAGCAGCCUUCUGCUGCUGCUCCCUCGCAGCCAGUGGAAGCAAAUGGAGCGGAAAUCAAGGCCAAACCCAAGGCAAAUGGCGCGCCGCAGCAGCACGCAGAGGACGAAGGCAGCAAACCGCUCAAGAGGACAGACACCCAGAUCACCCUUCGUGGCUUUGAGCCCGUGGGAAUGACGAGGCGCGACUCGCAGCGAACAGUAGCCGGUAAGGACGACGAGCAGCAACGGCAGGACGCUGGUCAAGAGGACAAGAGGCAGCAGCAAGCCCGCCGGGAGGAGGAGGAGGAGGAGGAGGAGAAGGAGGAAGAGAGGCGCCGAGAGGGAGCGACGGCUGUGCUCCCUGCCUCACCUGCCCACCUGCGACGACCGACGAACCACUGGCGGACAGACUCUGAAGAGACGCUGGCGCAGCAAGAGCGUGGGACCGAGGAGCAGGCAGCAGAGAACAGGCAAGAAGCACUGCAUCUCGUCACGUCGUCGGACCCCAAGCCGGAUGGCGACGCGCCCACGCUCACACUCACGCCCACGGCGUAUGAGCCCUCUGCCGUCACCUCGCCCGCCUCGACUCGGUCACAGCGGCCCGCGUCACUGAGACCGACGCGCUCGUCGUCACUGUUCCCUCGCGAAUCGCACGGCCUCGCACCCAUGCUCAGCACCCACAACGCCCUGACUGGCGCGCUUGGUUCCCUCUACGAAGGACGCCAGUCUGAGUCGAGAGACGCCGAAGGAAGCAGACGGUCCUCGUUGGCCAUCGACGGCUACAACUUUCCAGGCUCUUCAAGCGAGCCCUUUGAUCUUUCUCAGUCGGGCACCACGCACGGCAGUGGACAGUCACGUAGAAAGGCGAGUGUCAGCUCGACGAGGUCCAACAUCAACAUUGGCUCCGGCUCCCCUUCGAUGGCAAAUGUCUCGCAUGCAAGGGCCAAUGCAGAGCAGCGCCAGGCCUCGGCCCACUCGCCGGCUGUGCAAGCGAUCCAACGGGCCUCUGGCUCGGGCUUUCCCACGGCCUCGUCCACCUCUUCUUCGCUUUCCUCGUACCAGCUCACGCCUGGCCCCGGCCACGAACGGAGGAGGACGCAGAGCACGCAGAGCCUGACCGCAGCAGAUGCGGCCAAGCUGGCCGCUAAGCUGCGCAUGGCGCGGGCAAAUGCGAGCCACGAUGAUGGCGGGCCCGUUGGCUCAUCAUCGUCGGGCGGAUCUUAUGGCAGGGCAUCUGGUCUAAAAACGAGCACCAGAGAUCAGGCGAUGAAUGCGGCCAUUGCACGAUACAACAAGCCCGUCAUUUCCAAGUUUGCAAAGGAUCAAGCCGGUCUCGAGAACGAGCCGGUCGAGGUCAUCGUGGACCACUCCUCGAUCUACAACGACGAGUUCACGAGGGCAAGCACGCCAGUCAGUGGCGAUGAAGAGGGCGAUGGCGAUGCGGAAGUCGACGACGCGCCGGGUCGGGGAAGACAAAACAAGAACAGGGAUAGUCACCGCCAGCACCAGCAUCGGCACCGGCACCAUCAGAUCCGAUAUGUCAUGGACUUUGGCCUUGGAGGGCCCGCACUGGAGAAGAGUGCGACGACAGACGCGCUGCUGUCUCCCAGCCUGGAAAACGAUGAAUUUGAGGCCAGCUGGGCACCGGCGCUGACGCAGGCCGCCGGUCUGGGCGCCCGCUCGCUCCGUUCUACGAGAUCCACGCGGGACGGCAAGAAGUCAGGUCUCGUCGACGAGAAUGGCAUACCGAUCAGCCCCGCCGCCUUGGCCGCUGCUGAUGGGAUCGCCAUGAAUGCAGAGGCAUAUGCCAAUGCCGCCGCAGCGGCGGCAGCCGGCAGCAUCGCAGUCAACGGGCCCAAUGCCAUGCCACUACACUUCUCCCACGGUCUCACCACGACCAGCGAUGAGCCUUUUCCCUUGGAUCUGUCGGACAUUGCAGGGUCGAGAGCCCUGCUUGAAGGAGGCGACGAGGCUGCUGCCGCUCAGGCUCAUCUACACGCUCAACACGGAGAAGGACGCUUCCUCGACUCAAAGACGCUCCGUGCCAUUGCCAUGACUGCCCAAGCGCUUUCCGUCUACCGAAGCCACAUUGUCACACGCCGCUUCUCGGACCCGAUGCGAGAGUCGUUGGAACGAGUCGGCCGAGCUUCGGGCCAUCUACCCCUGCAUGCGGCUCCAUCGACCCCGACUCCUGGAGCGGCAGGCGCAAGCCACCGUCGCUGGGGCUCCUCCUCGACGACAUCCAGAGCGGCAAGGAGCCCCCUGAGAGAGACGAGCCAACGCAGACCGGACUUUCCACGGUCCAACACCAUGGGCCACAGCAGCGGUGGGGAAGGUGGGGGGUUGGGGGGAGCGGCAGGCGCCCUGGCCAGCCUCGCGGAACAGGCCGAGCACCCGCUGCUUAGCCUCAAGCGCGUCUGGUCGGGCGGUGCUGCGCUCCACAAAGCUGGCGGUCUCUCUUCCUUGUCCAGGUCAAGGACGACGGACGAUCGUUGACGCAUGCGAGCGUUUGUGGCGCCCCAUGCAGCUAGCUAGCUAGCUCUUAGAGAUGGCACGCGCGUAAUCUCAGUGCUUCUAUAAAUUCCCCGCGUAAUGUAGGCUGCCUCCCGUCUUUUUAGUGCCAUCCCUUUUCUACACGUGUGUGCCUGUGGCCGAGGGAGCGAGUGGCUU